AUGAGCCAGGAAGGAUUCUCGUUAAAAUUCCGCCCAAACUUCACAAGGACCCCCCCUAGCUUCAGUUCGCGCAUUCUUCGGACUCAUCAGAGCGCUACCUCUCUCAAACGUCAUCCCUCCGCCCCCGUCUACCCCCGUUCUUCCCCUAGCGGUAGUCGCGAGCACGUUCGCUCGCGAUCCAACGCUUCAGCCGCCUUUGGCUCGUCAUCCUCCUCGCUCGAUCACAGUGGCGGUCCAUCCCCUAUUCAGGACGAGGGGUCUUACUUCUCCGGUUACAGUUCCUCCCGCUCCCGCACUCGUUCAAACCGCUUCUCCUAUGAUCAACAAAGUUCGGAUGAAUUAAACAACCCUUUCGAGACGCGGGGCAUGCUCAGUGCGUUGGAUGAGAACAGCGCCGAGACCGAUAUUCAUCCCCAGCAACCUCCGCACUCGCUCUCGCAUCAUACAAGUCCCGACCCACGCGGUCGCCAAACCCUUCGACAGUCAGCUAGCUUCACCACUCUGCCGAACCGAAUGGAUCCCUUCGCACACCGCGAAACCGAACGACCGCCUCAUUCUAAGCGCUACUCCGAUGAGGGCACUAUCGCCAAUGGUCCGCCCGGGCCGACGCCCACGGCGGCCAAGAGACAGAGCAAGAAGGCGAGCUUCUCUAGCUUCGUGAACAGCAUGUUGGGCUCCCCUCGCAAUAUCAAGAUUUCCGCGCCGGAGAACCCUGUUCAUGUCACUCACGUCGGUUACGAUAACCAAACUGGUCAAUUCACCGGCCUUCCCAAGGAGUGGCAGCGCUUACUCCAGGAAAACGGAAUCUCUAAGAAGGAACAGGAAGAACACCCGCAAACGAUGAUGGAUAUCAUGCGAUUCUACGAGAAGAAUACUCGUGGAGAUGACGAUGAAGUCUGGCACAAGUUCGACAACGCAUACGGCGGAAACACCAGCAGCGGUAAUAGUAACAAUACCAAUAACAACAACGGUCGCAGUACUUCGCCUCCCGGAAGUCCGCGUUUCCCUCAGAAUCACGAAUGGAGUUUUGAGAACCCACGAGCCCCUCCUCCCAUUCCUCGCGGCGCCCCAGCAAAUCCACCACAGCAAGUGCCGCAAGUGCCAACUAUGUCACCGCCGUUGGGUGGUCUGGUGCCACAUCGUGCCCCUCCCAAGCCGCCAACCAAUAUGACACCUGCCCGUCCGCCGCCACAACCCCCCGUGUCUCAAUCAUAUGGCGGUGCCCCGCAAAGACCUAUGCAGGACCCAUACGGUCAUCCAUUUGGCACUCCAUCUAUUCCGGAAUCAGAGCCAAUUCAUUCGGUUUCUCCCCAGCUCAGCCGCUCGAGCUCCCGUAAUGGCGGUCCUCCAACCAAAGCACCGGGUAUCAUCUCCAACCCGACCCAGUACCAGCAACAACAGGAGCAGGUUAUGGCGGCUGCACAGCAAGCCAUUGCAUCAAAACAACUGGAUCGCAGUACCAGCCAACGCCAGCAAGCACAGCAACCCCCGGCGCUUGCAACUAAUAUUGGUCCUUCCACCGGAGAUCCUGCCUCGGCUGGCGCAUCGCCAUCGACGCGCGCACCUCCGGCUGCCAGGCCCCGCCAACGCCAGCGCCAGAGUAAUAUCAUGGAUGUCCGAACACGUCUGUUACAAAUCUGCCAUCCCGGCGACCCUACCCAGAUAUAUCACACUCUAAACAAGAUUGGUCAAGGUGCAUCUGGUGGUGUGUACACGGCUUACGAGACCGGAACAAACAAUUGCGUUGCUAUCAAGCAGAUGAAUCUCGAUCUCCAGCCCAAGAAGGACCUAAUUAUCAACGAGAUUCUUGUCAUGAAAGACAGCAAACACAAGAACAUUGUCAAUUUCCUGGAGAGUUAUCUUAACGGAAUUGACCUCUGGGUAGUCAUGGAAUACAUGGAAGGCGGCAGUCUCACGGAUGUGGUGACUUUCAACAUCAUGAGCGAAGGCCAGAUCGCGGCAGUCUGCCGAGAGACACUGAAUGGAUUGCAACACCUCCACUCGAAGGGUGUUAUCCAUCGAGAUAUCAAGUCCGAUAACAUUCUGCUUUCCAUGGAGGGCAACAUCAAGCUGACCGAUUUUGGCUUCUGUGCGCAAAUUAAUGAUUCGCACAAUAAGCGCAACACAAUGGUCGGCACUCCAUACUGGAUGGCACCCGAGGUUGUCACUCGUAAGGAGUAUGGGCGCAAGGUCGACAUCUGGAGUUUGGGCAUCAUGGCAAUCGAGAUGAUUGAGGGAGAGCCACCCUAUUUGACCGAGUCGCCCCUGCGGGCUCUCUACCUGAUUGCUACAAACGGCACGCCCACGAUCAAAGAUGAGCAUAAUCUUUCCCACAUCUUCCGUGACUUCUUGCAUUUGGCCCUCAAGGUCGACCCGGAGAAGCGAGCUUCAGCUCAUGACCUACUGAAGCAUCCAUUCAUGUCUCUCUGUUCGCCUCUCACCCACCUUGCGCCCCUUGUGAAGGCUGCUAGAAUCAGCCGUGCUCAAGAAAAGGCGCAGAAGGGCUGA